AUGGAUAUAAAGACCCUGCUGGACAAUCUUCAUGAUGAAGUAUCCUGUUCUGUGUGCAUGUGUACAUUCACUGAUCCAAAGCAGUUGCCUUGUUUGCACAGUUUCUGUCUUCACUGCCUGAACGGAAUUCAACGAACGAGCGGCGUCCAUGGCAAAAUUACAUGCCCCGAGUGCAGAAGACAGUUUCAAAUCCCUGGAAGUGGAAAUCCCAGCGAACUUCCCACCAAUUUUCGUAUCAACAGUUUGCUAGAUGUCUUGGCAAUAAAAGAAUGCAAUACAGCUAACGUGAAAUGUGGAAACUGCGACAAGCGGAGCGCCCAGACCUUAUAUUGCUUCCAGUGUUGUUCUUUCUGGUGCGAGGAAUGUAUGUUAGGACAUAACAUAAUACGCACCAAUAAAGAACACAGAACGCUGGCACUGAAGGAUUUUCAAGAUCAAGACAUCGAGGCCGUGUUAAAGAGACCGGCAUUUUGUCAGAAGAAACGACAUGAAAACAAAGAGUUGGAGUUCUUUUGCAAGGACUGUAAAGUCGCUAUUUGCAACACUUGUGUUGUUACACUUCAUGAAGGUCAUGGUAAGAUGCUUUUGGAAGAGGCUACAGACGCGCGCAAGACUCAGAUCAACUCCAUGACUCAAUCUUUAAUAGAAAAAGCACAAGAAAAACGCAAAGAACUCAAGCAAUUGAACCAAAAGAGCGCGGACAUUAAACUACAAGUUUCCGACUUUAAAAGCCAAGUGCAGACGAAUGUGGAUCAAGUUAUUGCAAUCAUCGAAGCGAGGAAACAGGAUGUUUUUGAUGCAGUCGAUAAUCAAGCGAAAAAAUCACUGGAAUCUCUCUCAGAGAAAAAAGGACAAGUUGAAAAUCAAGUGAUAUUAAUUGAAUCAGCAAUUGAACAAACUGACACUCUGUUGAAACGAAGCUUUAGUACUGAAAUCCUUGGAUUCAGUGAAACAUUUGAUGCAAUACUAAAGGAACAGGGCACCCAAGGAAACCGUGACACUGAAUGUAUCCCUCGGUUUAGUUUUACUAAAAGUGACAAACUGAUGAACGUGUUGAACAAUGAAGGGAUAGGUAAUGUAAAAAUUGUUUUAAGCGAAACUAAAGCGCAACAAUCAGGAGCUAAAGGUAAAGAAAGUAGUAAAGUAAUUGCUGGGAAUAAAGGGGCAAAUGUUCGUGACAGUCCUCUUGAGACUCAGGUACAAACCAGGUGCUUCAGAUCUGUGCUGUCAUUUGGACAAAAAGGUAAGUCUGUUGGAAUGCUUAACAUUCCCUGGGGGAUGGCAGUGAAUGAUCAGGAUGAAAUUGCUGUGACUGAUUGCGGUAACCACAGGGUUUCAGUGUUUAGUAGUGACGGUACCCACUUAAGAUCGUUUGGUAGGAAGGGUAACAAUAAUGGUGAGUUCCAGCACCCUUCAGGGAUCGCUUUUGAUAGUCAUGGCAAUAUUGUAGUGGCAGACUGUUAUAACCACAGGGUGCAAGUCUUUGAUAGGAAUGGUAACUUUCUUAGUAAGUUUGGUGAAAAAGGAAGACGUGAUAAUCAGUUUAUUUACCCCAUAGGUUUAUCAAUAAACGAUAACGGUGAUAUUAUUGUUGCUGAUGAGGGUAACAAAUUAAUCAAGAUAUUCUCCUCUAGUCACAACUAUUUACGUAAGUUUGGUGGAGCAGGUUCAUUGGUCAGUCCCUUUCACUGUAUCCAACACGGUCAAUAUUUUAUAGUCUCUGAUUACGGUGAUCAUUCCAUUAAGAUGUUUGAUCUUGAGGGAAAAUUUAUUUCUAAAUUUGGAAAACAGGGGAACAAAGAUGGAGAGUUCAAUGGGCCCUGUUUCUCGUCAGUUAACAAAGAAGGAUUGCUAGUGGUCUGUGAUGAACAAAAUCACAGAGUUCAAGUAUUUGAACUGAGUGGAAAGUUCGUUACAAAAUUUGGAAGUAAAGGUAGCGGGAGAGGAGAGUUGAAGAAUCCAUUUUCUACAGCAAUUCUUAGUGAUGGAAGAAUAGUUGUGUGUGAAUUUAAUAACGAUCGAAUCCAGGUAUUUGAGCAUACAUGAAAUAAUCUAUAACUUGCGAAUACAACCGUCUUUCCUCGCCCCUCGUCGUUAGGGACCUUUAGCGGAAAACGUCUCUGCCGCAAAACUUCCUAAUAGCGGCGAUGAGCGAGGAGAGUCAGCUGUAUUCGCAGCGGGCUACAAAUAAUCUUACCUUUGAGAUUCAGUUCACUAUUAUAUAUUCCGAUCAUUAAUCAGCACCGUUCAUGUUUCGGGAGGAAAUCCAUUUCGUGCGAUUAUUUUGUUUAGACAUUUUGAUAUGUCGAAAUUGGUGUAUGUUCUACUUGUAAAUAUAUUUUGCCCCAUAAAUGAUAUGGAUAUCCAGUGUCGCUUUAAAGUUGAGUUUUCGCCGGCGCGACCCUCCUUACAUUGCCUCUAUUUCAUUUACGCCGUAAAUGCAAUACCUGGAAAAAAAUAAACUGCAAUAGAUUGACUAGAUCCACAGAUUAUUAUUAUGAAAAGAAAAACUCUGUUACAUUUUAAGCUCACAGUAUUACUAAUUUGGAAUUAUUUAUCUUCAAACUCUGUUCAAUAUUUAGAUACAUUCACUGGACGAAAAAACGGAUUUACCUCUAUAGCAAAUUUGGAGCAAAUCAUCUGCAAAUGCCACAUUUGCUUAAUUUUGCUCAAUUUUGCCACAUGACAUAGGACCAACUUUGCCAUAAUUUUGCAUCAGUGGCAAAGGUGGUAAAUGCCGAAUUUGCCUCAAAUUUGCCCCGUGUGUAAAAACAAGGAUAACCUUUACUUUAUCAAGGCAUUUACAGGGGUGUCAAACUUGAUAGCAAAACUGACAUUUGUCAGGUUUUUGCCCAAAUGGGCAAAAGCGAUCGAAGAUGAAUUUUUGAAUGCUUUUUGCUCUCUAUAGCAAAUUCGGUCAAAGUAGUAAUUUGCCACAUUUUUGCUCAAUGUAGCAAAAGUGACCAAAACUCAUUUUUCAACAGUUUUGCCCAGGAUAGUAAAUCUGAGCAAAAAUUCACUUUUAUUUGUGUAUCGCCCAGUGUAGUAAAUGAGGUCAAAUUAUCACUUCUUCCGUAUCUUUGCUCAGUGUGGUAAAUAUGAUCAAAAUAGGCGUUUGCCACUGUUUUGCUCAGGGUAGCAAAUUUGGCCAAAUACCACUUUUUCUCAAGUUUGCUCAGGAUGGCAGAUAUGAUCAAAACAGUAGUUUCCCAUACUUUUCCCCAUUGUAGCAAAGUUCAUCAAAUAUCAGUUCUUCUGUAUCUUUGCUCAGGAUGGCAAAUAUUGCCAUGAUAGCAGUUUUCCAUACUUAAAGUAAGGUAAACAAAGUUGAUUAAAAUAUCACUUUUUUACACUUUCACUCAAGAUAGCAAAUUUGAUCAAAACAUCAUUAUCCAGAUGUUUCUUAUUUUUAUUUGGUACCAUAAAUGACUCACAAACAAUUAAGACACCAAACAAAAUUUCAAGAAUAAAAUGACUUUAUUAUCUUUAAUAUACACUGUACAAUAAAAAGCAAGAUAAAUUAAAAGAAAGUUCCAUUGGCCUCUGCAGGGCACUGCAUGUACCACAAAAUAUAUGCCUUUAAAUAAAAAGCACAUACAAUGUGAAACUGUCUAAAUUCAUAAGUGUAUAAGAAUGUACAUUGGGUUUGAAAGUGCAAGUCAACACUAGCUGGUUCAUAAUUAUCUAAGGUUGGUACAGGUAAAACGUAACUCCAUUUGAGUGGUAUACUUCAAAUAUACUCUUUCUAGAUUCAAUUGAUACUAUUGGCAAAUGGUUGUACGAUGACAACAAGUACACAUCACUCCCAAUGUAGAUGUGACAUCCUUAUUAACGGACAGAACAUCAACCACAGGAAAUAAAAUUAGCCUCAAAUUAUUAUGAUAAGCGAUAUUCCUCUAAUUAUUAUUUAUAAGAACUUGUUUUCAUCUGAUAAAUAUUAUCCACUACCCAAAAUAGGCAGUGAAUAAUAUCAUAUAGUGUACCUAGUGCUAUUCACUUACCUCAAGGGGAGAUACAUCUGUAUGAUUCAUUUUAACCAAAUCAGUUAUAUAAAAAUAUUUCUUGUAAAUAAAAUGAGUUACUAUCACAAAGCUCUGCAUUUCUAUGAUUUGGGUACGACUUUGAUAUAUUUUUACCCAGCAGUAAACACUUAUAAGGUUAAUUUUGUCACCUUUUUAGCAUGUACAUGUAUUUUAUUUUACAGGUGCUUUAUUUACUGCUAAACCUCUAAAACUAGCAUGAAAUGACACCCCAAUAUUACUCUCAUCCUAUAGGUAGCCAAAAGCUUUUCAAGUUAUGAAAGCAAAUCUGCUAUCCACUGAUUUGGUUAAAUACUUGUAUUAUUAUUAUUAUUAUUAGUAAUGGUAACAGGACUGAGUGGAGUCAAUUCGGUCUGUAAUCAUACGGUGAUUAACAAAAUCGGACGACCGCGUGGCGGAGUCCGAUUUGAUUAAUCACGAGUAUGAUUACAGACCGAAUUGACGACACGGUUCUGUUACCAAUUAAUCAUAACUUUAACAAAAUUUGUGAUAUAUAGGGCUCUUUUUAAAUCAAAACACAAGAAAUUCCAAGAUUUUUUCGCUAGCAAUGAAAAAAAAAAAGCCAUUUAAGUGCGCGCGUGAUGGCGCGUACUGUCCAAUUACUUAGGCAUGACGCGUACUGUCCAAUAAAACUGUCCAAUUAAGGCUGAAAUCAGGGCAGUUGAGAACCAAUCAGAUUUGAGAAUUUUGUUAUAGUUAUGAUUAUUAUUAUUAUUAUUAUUAUUAUUAUUAUUAUAUCACUGUAAAUAAUAUGAUUUGGUGAGAUUCUUGUAUUAUUAUAUGACCAUAAAUAAUUUAUUACAUUUGUUUUUUUUAACUAAAAUCAAAUUAUUUGCUAAAAAUUUGAGCAAUUUUUUUCUGAUUCACAUGAUCAGCUGUUUUGCUUGCAGUAUUGGACUGAUUAAAUAUCCAAAUUAUCCAAACACAAUCUAUACACUAUGAAAGCUCUGUAGAACUUCUUUAAUUCAUCAUCAUUAUUAUUGUUAUUGGCAUGCAGGUGAUUAAAAUUUAAGCCAUGCUUAUCAAAAAACUGUUAUCACACACGGUAUUUUUUUUUUUGCAUAAAACAUAAAUGCACUCUUUUUUCAUAAAAUAUGCCAAGAACAAAAUAGGAUCAUGGCAUUUGGAGUCCAGUAAUUACUCUACUAUGGGGUGUAUUGGCUAGAUUUAGUCCUCGGAGUGGCACUUUUUAAGGCAGUGCUUAGGGUAGCCCUAGGAAUCUGUCACCACUGUGGAAAGUGGAUGCAGAUGUAUCUCCAAUUACAUAUGUUGGGUGAAUGGACACGAUGACUGAAAAUACAGCUGCAUUUACAGGCUACUAGAUGGAAGGUUUUUAAAAUUCAGUUAAGUUGCCAAGUUACAGAGUGAUUCGGUGCAAACUAACAAGGACAGCUCUGCAAAGAUGGCAAAUUUUGCAGACAUUUGUCUGGUAAGGGAAAGUUUGUGGCUCCACCAUACCAUACAAAGGUCAUUGAGAUUAUGUGACUUUGUGUCAACACUUUAUUUCAAAUCGGACUAAUCACAAACAGCGUAAGAACCUAGCCAAUCACAAAACGCUGACAUACAUGCAUGUCUUUGUGACCCAGUGGGAUUCAAACAUGAUAUUGUGCACUAAUUCUCAGACGGCAUGCUCUAUACAGAAGGUUUAGAGUGUCUGCAACACAGGCAAGAUCUUCAUUGGAUUGUGACAAAUCACUUUGAGAUUUGGUAAUUUACCUAGUUUUAACGUGGCUCCUUCCCAUGGGUGUCAAAGGAUAUUCACUUACUACAUUGUAGGUCUUCAUCAAAACUCAAAAAUUGUGCAAUUGUCUACUGAGUAAAUAUGGUUCUAGGAACUUAACUGAAAAGGAACUGAAUCAUGAUGCAUGUCAACUUCAACUUGAGUGUUAUUAUUAUUUUGCACAUUUUUAUCUAAAAUGUCUUCUUCUUUUCUGAAUGUUCUUCAAAAAUUAUCUGUGUUAUGCUUAUGAUCAAGUUCCUUUUUCUAUUGUAAGUGGUGGGUGCCAGAGCAAACUCAGGAGCAUCGCCUGGUGCUCCUUGAUUAGAUGCUGGUCUCACUGUGUGCUCUAUUACCAUUAUUUUCACUUCAUUGACUUUGACACCAUGCAACUUUGCGGUCCAACUGGGCCAUUAAACCAUUAACCUCAAUGCUCUGCCAGGAAAGUGGCCUUACACAGAGAUUUUCCCUGUUUGGGAGGUCCUCAUCUGAACCUGAAGAAUUACCUUCAUGCCACUCUGAUAUAGCUGUUUCAGACAAAGACUCCUCUGAUGACAUAUAUGCAACGGACAUACAUGCAAGGUACUUGUCCUUGUCUGACUAACUGAUGCUAGUUGACUCCCUCAGAGCAUAUUGGCCUUUUAAUUUUUUUUUCUGAAAGAAAAAUGACGAACCAUGAUUUAGCAGCCAACAAGUAACCCACAGUUGGUAAACAAGCAUAUACUGCUCAUACUCAGUGUAAAUGAUUGGGUUGCAGAACAAUGACACGAUGCUAAAAGCUGAAAACACUCUCUUAAUCAAAGGAACAGUUUGAGGAUAUUUGUGAGAAAAAUUUCUCCCUGCAUUUUAUUCCUACUAACUUUUUCAUUAAAUAUAUAAUAUGUUUUUGGAACAGGUGUUAAAGUAGAGAGCAGAAAUGCCUCUUUCUGUUGAAUCUGCAUUUGUUUCAUUAAGACUCUUUUAAGUGUAAAUAAAGACUGAAAUAAAUUAAUUCCCCUGUCAUUCAAGAGCAGAACUGAUAGUGUCCCACAGGUCACCAGGCUCUAACAGAGCACAACCAUGACUCAACUGUACACAUAAACCGUAAAACCGGUCAGAACCUGAGAAACGUAACAUUAAGGCAACCCACAUGUUGCUUAGAACAAUAAUUGAUUAAUUGUGGUUAUUUGGCAUGAUAAAGCCAAAGCAUUUACUAGCAAAAUGAACUAACAAAGAUCCCUCAACAUCAUUGAGCUGUACAAAAGGUAUAAAUAAUGAGGUAUUGUCGUUUAAAAUGUGGAACAGUAAUACAGUGGUCACUUGAAUGACACUUAUGCUUCAGGAUCUGGCAAGUGCCAUCAUUCGCAAAAUGAGCCAAAAUUAAGAUCUCACAAUAUCACUGACCCAUAUUUAUAAAGCGUAAGAGUUUUGGAUGGUACAAUUUAUGAAAGAAGAAUCACUUGUCAUUUAAAUGUGGAACAAUAAUGUGGUGGUCACUCAGAAUGACACAUAGGCUUCAAGAUCUGGCAUAUGCCGUCACCGCAAAAUGAGCCAAAAUUAAGAUCUCACAAUAUCACUGAACCAUAUGUAUAAGCCAUGAGAGUUUUGGAUGGUACAAUUUAUGAAAGAAGAAUCACUUGUCAUUUAAAUGUGGAACAAUAAGACGGUGGUCACUCAGAAUGACAUAUAGGCUUCACUCGCAAAAUGAAAAAAAUGCCGUCAUUCGCAAAAUGAACCAAAAUUAAGAUCUCACAAUAUCACUGAACCAUAUGUAUAAACCAUAAGAGUUUUGGAUGGUACAAUUUAUGAAAGAAGAAUCACUUGUCAUUUAAAUGUGGAACAAUAAUACGGUGGUCACUCAGAAUGCCACAUUGGCUUCAAGAUCUGGCAUAUGCCGUCACUUGCAAAAUGAGCCAAAAUUAAGAUCUCACAAUAUCACUGACCCAUAUGUAUAAAGCAUAAGAGUUUUGGAUGGUCCAAUUUAUGAAAGAAGAAUCACUUGUCAUUUAAAUGUGGAACAAUAACAUGGUGGUCACUCAGAAGGACACAUAGACUUCAAGAUCUGGCAUACGCCGUCACUCGCAAAAUGAACCAAAAUUAAGAUCUCACAAUAUCACUGAACCAUAUGUAUAAACCAUAAGAGUUUUGGAAGGUACAAUUUGUGAAAGAAAAAUCACUUGUAAUUUAAAUGUGGAACAAUAAUAUGGUGCUCACUCAGAAUGAUACAUGAGCUUCAAGAUCUGGCAUAUGCCGUCACUCUCAAAAUGAACAAAAUUAAGAUCUCACAAUAUCACUAAACUAUAUGUAUAAACCAUAAGAGUUUUGGAUGGUACAAUUUAUGAAAGAAGAAUCAAUUGUCAUUUAAAUGUGGAACAAUAAUAAGGUGGUCACCAGAGGGACACAUAGGCUUCAAGAUCUGGCAAGUGCGGUCACUCACAAAAUGAAAAAAAAAUUAAGAUCUCACAAUAUCACUGAACCAUAUGUAUAAACCAUAAGAGUUUUGGAUGGUACAAUUUAUGAAAUAAGAAUCAUUUGUCAUUUAAAUGUGGAACAAUAAUACAAUGGUCACUCAGAAUGACACAUAUGCUUCAAGAUCUGGCAAACUUGUGCCAUCACUUGCAAAAUGAACCAAAUUAAGAUUUCACAACAUCACUGAACCAUAAUUAUGUAUAGAUGUAAAACAAGAGUUUUUGACUGUAAAAAUUUCAAAAGGGAAAUCAUUUGUCAUUUGAAAUGUAGUAGAAUAUUAAAUAAUAAAUUAUAGUGACCACUGCUUUGUCAAGUGCUGUCACCUGAAAAGUACAGUAACCCCAAAGAUCUAACAUAUUAACUCAGCUGUGCAACAAGCCAAAUUUCUGAAUUAUGGGCAUGCUAAGGUCACAUCACCGACUUAUAUUGGUGUAAAAGAAAUGUUUGCCUGCACAGCUCAAGAUCCGGCUACUUAAGAUUAUUCUAUUAAUGAAGACGAUGCGCAACAAAGAGUACAGUUAUUUCUGCAGUAAACAAAAAGGAAUCAAUCAAUGGCAUAUCUGUGCAUGCAUCUUAAAUUCUAAGAUUUAUCUUUGAGGCUUUCAGCUUACGCAAAGUUAUUAGAAAACCAAAGUAAGUAAACGAACCACGAUAUCAAGAAGAACAUACCUUUCUGCAAUCCAGCUGAGUUGAUAUGACUUGGAAACAGGCUUUAUGUGAAGAAUAUCGCAACUGAUCACUGUCUCUCGAAGAUAACAAGGUAUAAAUCGUAAUAGAACAGCUGAAUAGAAAGACAGGCUUUCUAUUAUCCGAAAAUAACAAAACUACUCGUUUUGCAACGCUGUAUCGCUUGUGAAGUCCGCGUGAAUUUGAACUGUUCAACGAAAGUUUAUUUUACACUAUUCUAUUGGUUCAAAAGCCACACGUGACAAUGUAAAUCAAAUCGCGCAUGUGCCAAAGUCACAGGGAAGCCUGGGCAACAAACAUGGCGGCUGAUCUUGCGACGGAGUGCAUUCAGGACUACAUUCACCCGGACGAUGAAACUCUGCAAUCUACUAUUGAAAUGACUCCUGGGUUCAGACCUUUCACAUAUUGUGCAUUUUGUUCACCCAAAUUGUAAAUGGUAACGUUUUACGUCAGGGCCUCCUAUUCCGAGACUUCUUGUGAUAUUUUUUUUCCGAGCCACCGACACAAUAUCAGGAAACGCAUUCGACGCUAAACGAAAAAAAAGGGGGGAUGGCCUUACCCGAAAUAACCAGCUGCAGCAAGUAAUAUUAUAAACUUUGAGAAGAAUGUGAUGGUGAUUGAAACGGAAAAUGCAAUGGAAAAUCAAAACUUGCGUGAAAUAACACUAUGAAGUUUGGUAAAUGUGCAAACGUUGGUUAAAGUGGUCGUAAAGAUAGUUCUUUGAUCAUAUUUUGCUUAAAUUUACGCCUCUAGUAACCAUAAAUUUACACAUUAACUUUGCUAUGCCAGAAAAUAUCAAGCAAACAUUCAGUUUUGACGCUCGAUUUUUACACACAGAACAAAAUGGUGGCAAAUUUGAAUCUAAACACCAAAUUUACUAUGGGGAGCAAAAGUGAAACAAAAUAUCUGUAAACUUGAUAUUUACUCCACAUUUACGCCACCCUUGCAGAAAAGUAAACUUUCACUUUCGAACAAAAUUUGCACCAAGAACAAAUAAGUAGCAACAUUAGUACCCUAAAUUUACAAUAGAUUUGCUCAACUAGCAAACUUAGGCAAAUCCGUUUUUUCGUCCAGUGAUUUUUGAAAGUGUGUUUUUUUCAAUGGGUUGUUAUCUGUUCAAUAGCGAGGACAGCCUGAUUGGCUCACAAUUUUUUUAACUACAAGACUUAUUUUUACUUAGCUUUUUCCAGUAGUAACAGACGUACAUAUUUCUCAAAAAACAAAAUGCUAUUCCCUUUGUUAAUAACUCAAGCGGAUUAUGUUUUGUCUAAAUAAACAACAGUGUUAGUAAAUGCUUUGUUCCUAUGUAUUCAAUGUCUCCUAAUCAAGGGGGGAUUUAGGGGUGGCCGAGGGGGCCGCGGUCACCACUUUUUCUUUGAAAUAUAGAAUUUUUUUAUAGAAUUCUCAGCAAAAUAAAAAGGAGCUUUAGGUAGGCAACUGUCCCGGCCACCCCUUUCUGACUUUUCUGGAUCCGCCCCUGCUAAUGUGUGCAAUAACGUGCGAAGGAAAGUUUACAACGCCACUUAACAGUCUUGCUUCUUGAGUUUCGCAUUUAAGAGAAAUACUCCAGGAAAAAACUUUAUUUAGCAGUGAGGAUGGAAAUUGGUGAAGGCCGCCUGUCCCCGCAUUUUGUCUCAUGAAUGUGUCACCCUUGCUCUCCUAGAUAUCUUUUCAAAGGGGGUUACAAGAAAAGCCCUUUGAGUCUUUUUGUCGAGUUGAAAUUUAUAUUGCGGCCGAUUUAAGACGAAAUGCACACCAAACUCUAGGCACGCAUAAUUAUUCCAAGUUCUUUAGUGCAACUUGUGCGCUUUGACAUUUUGACUUUGUAACCUGCAAUAAUCCCGGACAAAAGAAGUUGGGAAGGUUUUGGAUAUAACAAAACAAUUACGGGCACAAACACUAUUAGUCUUGUACAGCAUUGAGCAUAGACUGCAAAAAAGUAGGAUUUGUUUUUCUCAAAAUCGGUUUAGCGUAGUUUUAGCUGUCCUCCCCACUCUCGCCCUCCGUGUUCAGCCUGGCUCUAGACCUUUUUUUGACUGCUCGCGCGGCGUCCUUGAAUACGCAAAAAUAACGUGACUGUUUUGCAGUCUAAAUUGGGGAAGGGGCAGAGGAAAUAAGGGGAAAAGAGUUAAAAAAUAGUAUCCUCCCUACACACUUUUGACGAUUGUCCCACUUAGGGUUUCAGUUGCACCCAACAUUCCCUUUUAAGCUCGCUAUCAAAUAAAUGCAACUUUACAUGCCUUGAAACUGAAGUGGGAAGGUGUUCUUUGUUUAUUAUGAUCGAAAAUUUGUAAGACAAGCGAUGAAGCAAAUGAACCAAUUGGAGUCAGGGAAUUAACGACCGAAACUAUUUCAUGAUUGCAGGUUUUAUUGCAAUAAUUGUUCUAAUUGAAGCUCCUAUUUCUGACUUUGUUUUGACUCCUGUUUUCACUCGUCCCCAGUCGUCUUUGCAUGACACGCGGCGGGAGCAGGGGGUGAUCACACCCCUUGCGCCACUAAGGAGAGACAGAGAGACAGAGACGACCGGGGACGGGGCAGCAUCCGCUUAAUUUUUAACAACAACAACAACAUCAACAGCGACGACAGUUUAUCCAAUUUGAAAAUAAUAUAUGACCGUGUUACCCACAAUUAGCGAAGCUAUUCCAGGUGGGUAACACUGAUAAAACAAAUAGUCGCCUUGAGUAAAUACAAAGUUCGAAAAAAAAAAAAAAGUGCGUAAAGCAAAUUGUAGCGGCGACUUGAGGGUCCCUCCUGUUGAAAGUUGAUCGACCAAAAUCGGUACACCUUUCGUGGACACGCCUUUCUCCUCCUCUAAAAGAGUUUCUUCUUGAUCUCACAGGACACGUACACACCACUGACAUCUUAACACUAAAACGCCCCUUAAGCUGACAGGAGCGAGGAGAGAAGGCUGUGUUCGCAGGUUAGAGAAACCAGACGAAGUGCCAUAAGUCUAGUUCAGAUGACAAAAAAAACAGUCUUCGUUUCCUUGGUCAGUACUGUAUCAGUCGGCGCGAAAUCACACCCAGUCUAUUUGGCGAUAAUCCAUUCAAUUAAUUAUACAUGCACAAAGUUGACUACGCACGGCAAGAACUUGUUUGACAGCUCAAAACGAUAUGUCGCUACAAGGACGGCCUCAUUCCAACUGCAGAAAUGGAACACUUAGUAGUAGUUUGAAUCAUUCAAACCGUAGCCGUUUAACUACCGAAUUGAAAAACAAAAUCACGGGUUAGUCGAUGUAGUCGACGUAACUCUUUGUACGGUUUGUGCGAAUUAGAAGUUCUGAUAACGUAUUCAAAACAUAUCAUCAACUUCUUUUUCAUAUACAUCGAGGUUUUUUGUCGAGGGUGAGCCCGUUUAAAUAGGUGAUUAAGGACGUCAAUUUGACUGAGCCAUUACUAUUUUUAGGUUCUCCGCCUUGGUAUGUUCAUGAACCUGCUAUACUCGCUUAUUUUCUUUAAGCUUUAUUUUUUUCACAACGUCUUUUCAGCUAAUUAGCUUCACUGCUUAACAAUUAACUGCUUUUUUUAAAAGAAUUUAAGUGAACUUGAGGUGGGCCAACUAAGACCAACUAAACAAAAGAAGCUCUUCCCCUCCCCUUCUAACCUUUUAUAAAGGUUAUCUCUUUGCCCUUACUCACCCCUUCCCCCUGUUCCUAGGCUACCUACCCAUCUGUUGACAUUUUGCAAAAAGUAGAAGCGCGCCUGCGAAUACAGUCGUCUAUCCUCGCUCCUCUCCAUGGUCUUGGACGUUUGCCUGGCCGCGAAGAGCGAGGAAAAUGAGAGAGCUGUAUCGGCAGUCUAGACAAGUAGCUGGUAAACAGUAAAUACUUGCCUUAUGCCGGUUUGGAUAAUGAUCAAAAGAGGUUUUAAGGUAGUCACUUAUAUCCUUACAGUCGCUUUGUUUUAUAGCUGGAAAUUUCUUCUCAACAGUGCGCGGUCUCAUUGAUUGCUUCGAGGUCACAUGAAACUGUUUCCCGCCAAAAUCUCUGAGCGAGGGAACAAUGCAAAAAAAUCAAGACGUCAGAGAGUAACAAUUUCCAGCUAUAUUUGUUUCCUCGGUGACCACUCAUUAAGUGUUUAUUAUUGUUGUGAUAGUUGCUGAUUGAGACACAAAACCUCAACUGACAACCUCGUUGACUGCUACCCGGGAAGCGGGCAGUUCACCAAAAUUUAGGGUGCGGGAUGUGGGAUUUUUCCCUCUCUGUCGGGAACGGGAAAUCAUGACGACUCAAAUACGCGUUCUCGGCGGCAAAUGCGACUCAACAAGGCGAGCGUUCAGUUGUGUCUCCUAUCAACUGAGUAAAAUAUAUAUAGUGAUCUGAUUAAUGAUUGUCUAACUGAAAUAUUCAAGAAGUAAACAGACGAGCUGAGCUGACAGAAGAACCACUAUUUCAACCAGAUGCCAAGAAAGGGAGCUAAAGGACGCGUGGCGCAAUAGCAGUCUAGUUAAUGAAAGUUUUCUUCUAUUCUGAAAAAACGCCUGAUCGUAGGUUACCUUAAGUACAUUAAUUCAUAGUUUGGUGUCGUUCUUUCUUACAGUCACAGCCAAGUCUGCUAGCGCCAGAAAAGCCUAUUCCAGAGGUCCUCCGCUCUUUUUAUCCCGCUACACAACGAUUACAAAGAGCUGUAGAGAUUCCAGAGGCAGUUUAAAAAACUUCAGGGAGUUAAGGUGAUGUUACACGAUGACGAUCAGCGCAACGACGAUUUUUAGCGCAAUGCAGCAUUACAACAUUUCUGCGGCAUUGUUUAGACAUUCCAAUGCUGUGUUGCGCGAAAAAUUGUCCUUACGAAUCUUCUCGUGUGGCGUGUGGCAUUACCUUUAGAGCAAAUCACAAAGAGUAAAGGCCUAAGAGACUUUUCUUUAUGAGAACGCAAGUUGUGUGUCAAUAUGAGUUUGACACACUUAUCCAGGUCGUCAAGGGAAGCCGUUUAUUCUAACAAUUCGCAGGUAUUCGAUAGUAACUUCUAGUCAGCAAAGAAGGAUCACUAAUGGUCUCUGAUAAAAGAAAUCAUAAAGUUCAUGUAUUGGAACUGAGUGGAAAGUUUGUUACAAAGUUUGGAAGUAAAGGCCUAGCUAGUGUGGAGACUUUAGGAAUCUAGACUACGAGUAGUCCCCCAUUUUUCCUCGGGGAUAGUAGAGCGGGCGAAACGCGAGCGCGCGUGAAAAUCACCCCCCGCGAGAAAAGGCGAUACGCGGCGGGGAGAGAGAAAAAUGGUCGCCUUUUCUCGCGUGGGGUGAUUUUCACGCGCGCUCGCGUUUCCCUUGCUCUAUUAUCCCUGAGGAAAAAUGGAGGACUACUCGUAGUCUAUUAGGAAUCCAGUGUCCACAGCAAAUAUAGUUGUAUCGUGUGAUAUGAAUAACAGCCGAAUCCAGCUGUUUGAUGAUCUGGAUUAUGAAUGAUACGAUUUUAACUUUGUUGCAAUUAACUUGAGAAUUUGAACUACUAUACAUUGACCAUGAGAUCUAGGUUUUAUUUUUGUUAAAGUAAACAAUUUUGGGUGAUGAUUUGGUUAAUAAAUCUUACCAUGAUAUCGAAAUUGGUAUAGUACUGGCAUGUGCGAUGUGAAGGCCGGAAGGAAGGGCCAAUGAAACACUUCCCCUCUCCUUCUCUUCUACUCCAUUUUCAGGCUAUUUUAUCGCCCUAACCACCCUACCCAUCCAAAACAAGAACCGUGUUCAUAGGCUGCCAACCCAUCUCAUGACAUUCAAGAAAAGCGAGUAAACAGUAACCUCUUGCAUCGAUGGAUGAGGAUAGAGAUCGCACGAGGUUUUUAGGUUAUCACGUACAUCCUGGUAUAAGUUACUGACUACUCAGUUAAAGUUGUUGUCCUAGUGUAAUUUAAACCCAGUCCCAACUGUUCGUGGUAACUCCCUACAAAGGCGUCAAACACUUUUUAAAAAGAAGUGAACAGUCACUCACGAAAACUCGCGACAUGGUUCGAAAUAUUGCCACUUUAAUUUCUGACACGUGAUUCUUCUUCUUUCUUUGUUAGAAACUUCAGGGCGUUAAGGUGAUGUUCCACGACGAGGAUCAAUGCAACGAUGAUUUUUAGCGCAAAGCAGCAUUACAACAUUGCUAGCGCUGGGACAUUGUUUCGAAUGGUUACAACAUUGUUUUAUUAACAUUCCAAAGCUGUGUUGCGCGAAAAAUCGUCCUUGCGAAUCGUCUCGUGUCAGACAUUACCUUUAGAGGAAAUCACAAAGAGUAAAGGUCUAAGGGACUUUUCUCAAUGAGAACGCAAGUUGUGUGUCAAUAUGAGUUUGAUACACUUAUCCAGAGGUCAUCCAGGGAAGCUGUGGAUGCUAAUUCGCAGGCAUUCGAUGGUAACUACUAGAUGUCCGUAGGCGCAUGAGCUGGACGACCUAUCACGGUUAAAUGGUGCUCUUUCGUCGUACUCAGAUAUAAAAAGCUAUUUGUUUUAUGGAAUAGCCUUGGCAUCGUAAGGACCAAUCUAAAUCUUACAUUUGUUAGCUUUUGUAGCAAAAUCAGUCUUUGUUAACGUACGUCUCCAGUUUGGAAACAAAAAACAGGAUGAAACGUAAAGAAGUGCAGGAUGCGGGAUUAACGUAAAAAAGUAGCGGGAAUGAUUAAGGAAUCAAGAUCCCCUUCCAGUCCCUGUAAAAUGGUCACUCUGGAAACACUAGUUGAAUCACGAAACUUACUCUCGGUUUGAAACUACCAAUGAAAGCUAGCAUGUCGGUCCACUUUUUUUAUCAUAUGACUCAUUUAGUAUCCGAGUGAUUUGGACGAUUAGCGUGCGCGAGAUCAUUCCCCACUCCCACCCUCUUGCAGUAUCGGCCGGCGUUUUUGAGCGAUGUUCGUCAACCGGAAGUGAGAACUUUUCCCUUUCAAUUGCCUUCACUUGCCGUUACCAAUUUUGUACUACUUAUAGUGUCUUUACUCUUUUUUAGAGGCGAUUUGCUCGAAAAUGUUCAGCAAAACCACAGCCCAAACAUGGAAAAAAAAAGUCCACUUACGAUUGACGUGCGUCCCUCUAAAACAUCUUUACUUAUUAUUUUCUCUAUUUUCAAACGUUACGUUCGCUCGACGAGCUCUGUAGGGAAAAAAGGAUAUUUCAGUGUAAAGAGGCUAUAUCACAGCACAGAUCAGGAGUUCAAGCAAAAACUAAUAAAAUGAUGAUCUAUCAUUGGUGUUUUACAGUAUAUGGCCAUUAUUUUAAAUUAUCUUUUUUCCUCGAAUAAUAGUCGGGGCAAUUAUUUCUUUUUUCUCACGAAAAGAGGGCAGUUAAUCCAGGGAAGGCGAUUAUUUGAGGGAGGUAAUUAUUUCAAAUAUUGCUCUCUGGAAGUCGUGGCCUAAAUAUUUUGUUUUAUGUUCCCAUUAAAUCAAAAAAUCAUCACAUUAAUAAACUGAACAUGGGCUUUUUAAGUGUUCCAAAUUUAGUUUGUUGACUAAUUUCCAGAGCUUGAAUCGUCACUGAUCAGUUUUACUGAAUCUCAUUGCACUUCAACUUGACAAGGAGGGGAUAAAAGGAAGAGAAGGGGAAGAUGGCGAUAGGGACGGGGGAACGGAUUCGAGGGAGGCGAUUAUUAGAGGAAAUAAGGUAGCUGUAUAACUGAUGCGCUCAAUGAGUAGCUAAGAAUUUCACGAUCAGGCGCGAGCGGAUCCACACCGGCUUCUACCGUUUUAUGAAAAUCGGUCAGAUUUUUUCAUAACCAAAUAAUCUUUUAAUAAAAACAUCUUUCCAAGUUCAAAUCUAGCUAAUAUCCUGUCUGAAUGACUCGUGCAGAAACCCAAGAAAGAGGACUUCAGAAAGUUAAAAUCCAAAAGGAUUUCCCUUUUCAUUUGGUGCAAGCUCCGGAUUCAUCUGGAAGCUAGGAAAACGAUCAGUAUUUAUGUAUCCGAGCUUGCACGAGUACAGUUUAUCUAUUUCAGUGAUGUAAAAUAUUAUUUGACAAGUUUAAUAAAAUAUUUUUAAAAUAGUCCAUGCUUUGAAAACAAGCCAAUUAGAGGUAAAGGAUAUUUUUUACUUUUGAAAAUACGUCAGAACAUCAAAACACGUCAAGACACCUUAUUUGAUUGGCUAAUAAAAUAAAGGUUAGUCUCGGCCAAUAGUUUAGAAAGAAAAGGCUUUCAUUAUUCUUAGUUCCGCAUGGCCGCCUCCUCGAUCAUCGACAACCACACCUACUGUAUAUUUCAAAACUUUCAUGUUUGUUCUCGACCUUUUCCAUGGAUAUAAAGAUCCUUCUUGGCAAUCUUCAUGAUGAAGUAUCCUGUUCUGUGUGUAUGUGUACAUUCACUGAUCCAAAGCAGCUGCCUUGUUUGCACAGUUUCUGUCUUCACUGCCUGAAUGGAAUUCAACGAACGAGCGGCGUCCAUCGCAAAAUUACAUGCCCCGAGUGCAGGAGACAGUUUCACAUCGCUGGAAGUGGAAAUCCCAGCGAGCUUCCAACCAAUUUUCGUAUAAACAGUUUGCUAGAUGUCUUGGCUAUAAAGGAGUGCAGUACAGCAAAUGUGAAAUGCGGAAACUGCAACAAACGGAGCGCCCAGACCUUAUAUUGCUUCCAGUGUUGUUCUUUCUGGUGCGAGGAAUGUAUUUUAGCACAUAACAUUAUACGCAUCAAUAAAAAACACAGAACGCUGGCCCUGAAAGAUUUUCAAGAUCAGGACAUCGAAGCCGUGUUAAAGAGACCGGCAUUUUGUAAAGAGAAACGACAUGAAAACAAAGAGUUGGAGCUCUUUUGCAAGGACUGUAAAGUCGCCAUCUGUAACACUUGUGCUGUAACACUCCAUGAAGGUCAUGGUAAGAUGCUUUUGGAAGAAGCUACAGACGCGCGCAAGACUCAGAUCAACUCCAUGACUCAAUCCUUAAUAGAAAAAGCACAGGAAAAACGCAAAGAACUCGAGCAAUUGAACCAAAAGAGCACGGACAUUACACUCCAAGUUGCCGACUUUAAAAGCCAAGUGCAGACGAAUGUGGAUCAAGUUAUUGCAAUCAUCGAAGCGAGGAAACACGAUGUUUUUGAUGCAGUCGAUAAUCAAGCGAAGAAAUCACUGGAAUCUCUCUCACAGAAAAAAGACCAAGUUGAAAAUCAUGUGAAAUUAAUUGAAUCGGCAAUUGAACAAACUAAAGCUCUUGUGAAACGAAGCUUUAGUACUGAAAUCCUUGGAUUCAGUGAAACAUUUGAUACAAUCCUGAAGGAACAGGGCACCCAACAAAACCGUGACACUGAAUGUAUUCCUCGGUUUAGUUUCACUAAAAAUGAAAAACUGAUUAACGUGUUGAACAGUGAAGGGAUAGGUAAUGUAAAAACUGUUUCUAGCGAAAAGAAAGUGCAGCAAUCAGGAACUAAAGGUAAAGAAAGUAGUAAAGUAAAUGCUGGGAAUAAAGUGGCAAAUGUUCGUGACAGUCCUCUUGAGACUCUGGUACAAACCAGGUGCCUCAGAUCUGUGCUGUCAUUUGGACAAAAAGGUAAGUCUGUUGGAAUGCUUCACGGGCCCUGUGGUUUGGCAGUGAAUGGUCAUGAUGAAAUUGCUGUGACUGAGUACUCGAACCACAGGGUUUCAGUGUUUAGUAGUGACGGUGCCCACUUAAGAUCGUUUGGUAGGGAGGGUAACAAUAAUGCUGAGUUCAAGUUCCCUAGAGGGAUCGCUUUUGAUCGUCAUGGUAAUAUUGUAGUGACAGACAGCGCUAACAACAGGGUGCAAAUCUUUGAUAGGAACGGUAACUUUCUUUGUAAGUUUGGUGAACAAGGAAGUCUUGAUCAUCAGCUUCAAUACCCUGAAGGUUUAUCAAUAAACGGUAACGGUGAUAUUAUUGUUACUGAUCCGGGUAACAAAUUAAUCAAGAUAUUCUCUUCUAGUGGGGAGUAUUUACGUAAAUUUGGUGGAGCAGGUUCUUUGGUCAAGCCCUAUCACUGUAUCCAACAUGGUCAAUAUUUUAUAGUCUCAGAUUGCGGUGACCAUUCCAUUAAAAUGUUUAACCUGGAAGGAAAGUUUAUUUCUAAAUUUGGAAAACAGGGAAACAAAGAUGGAGAGUUCGAUUGGCCCCGUUACUUGUCAGUUAACAAAGAAGGAUUACUAAUGGUUUGUGAUGGGGGGAAUCAAAGAGUUCAAGUGUUUGAACUGAUCAUGAGUGGAAAGUUUGUUACAAACUUUGGAAGUGAAGGUAGUGAGAGUGGAGAAGUGAAGUGUCCAGUGUCUACAGCAAUUCUUAGUGAUGGAAGAAUAGUUGUGUGUGAAAUGUUUAACAACCAAAUCAAGGUAUUUGAGCAUUAAUAAAAUAAUCUCGCCUGCGAAUACAACCGGCUCUCCUCGCUCCUCGUCGUUAGGGACCUUUCGUGGGAAACGUCUCUGCCGCGAAACUUUCUAAUAGUGGCGAGGAGCGAAAUAAUCCUACCUUUUAUGUAAAACUUGAGAUUCACCAGUUCACCAUCAUAUAUUGAUCAUUAGAUCCACAGUUCAUAUUUCUGGAGAAAAUCAAUUUUGUGCGAUUAUUUUGUUUAGACGUUUUGAUGCUUGUCGAAAUUGAUGUAUUAUGUUCUACUUGUAAGUAUAUUUUGCCCAUAAAUGAUAUAGAUUUCCACUGUCGCGUAAAAGUUAAAUUUGAAGCGCGUAAAUGCAAUACUUGGAAAGAAAAACUGCAAUAUAUUGAUUAGAUCCACAGUUUAUUUUGGUGAAAAAAAAAGCAAUUAAUUGAGAUACUUUUCUCUUACAUUGUAAGCUCACAUUAUUACUAAUUUGCAAAUACUUUGCUUCAUAUCUAGAAAUGUAUUAUACUGUUCAAUAUUUACCGACCGCAUUUUUGAAAGUGUUAUUUUUUAGUGUGUUUUAACCUGUUCAAUAGCGAGCACAGCCUGAAUGGUUCACAUUUUGUAACUAAACGGCAUGUUUUUACUUAGCUUUUUUCAAUAGUAACAGACGUACACAUUCCUUAAAAAGCAAAAUACUAUUCCCUGUCAAUCUGACUCAAGUCAAGCUGAUUACUUUUUGCCUAAAUAAACAACAGUGUAAACUAAAUGCGUUGUUGCUUUAUUUUAUGGCUCAUAACUGAGUCAAGGGCGAAUUUACGGGUUGGGGAGGGGGGAGGCCGCUGUCACCCCUUUUUCUUUGAAAUUUUAUUUCAUUUUUAUAGAAAAUCAGAAAAAUAAAAAGUAUCUAUAUAGCUGACAAGUGUCCCGGCCACUCGUGUCUGAAUUUUAUGGAUCCGCCCCUAGAAGCAGCAAAGUCGACAAUGCCACUUAAUAGCUUUGCUUCCUGUGUCUCGCUUAAGAGAAAAACUAAACAAAGAUAGCAGUGGCGUUGGAAAUUGCUGAAGGUCACCUCUCCCGGUAUUUUGUCUCAUGACUGCGCUACCCUUGCUCUCCUAGAUACCUUUCCAAAGGCGGCGACAUUAAGCAAACCCUUUUGAGGCUUUUCGUCGAGUUGAAAUUUAUAUUGCGGCCGAUUUAAGAAGAAGUCCACACCAAACUUCAGAUGAUAAUUAUUCCAAGUCGCUUAGUGCGGAUGUACGCUUUAUCUUUUUCACUUGGUAACCUGGCUGGAGAUAUAACAAAACAAUUACGCGCACAAAUACUUCAGUUUUGUUCAGCAUUGCGCGUAGACCGGCAAACAAGUUGGGUUUGUUUUUCUCGAAAUCGGUUUAGCAUAGUUUUAGCGUUUCUCGCCAGUCUCGCCCUCCGUGUUCAGCCUGGCUCUAGACCUUUUUUUUUUUACUGUUCCCGCGGCGUACUUGAAUACGCAAAAAUAACGUGACUGUUUUGCAGUCUUAAUUGGGGAAGGGUCAGAGGAAAUAAAGGAAAAAGAGGUAAAAAAUAGUAUCCUCCCUACACACUUUUGACGAUUGUUCCACUGAGGGUUUCAGUUGCACCCAACAUUCCUUUUUAAGCUCGCUAUCAAAUAAAUGCAGUUUACAUGCGUUGAAACUGAAUUGGGAAGGUAUUCGAUUCUUUGUUUAUUAUGAUCGAAAAUUUGUAAGACAAGCGAUGAAGCAAAUGAACCAAUUAGAGUCAGGGAAUUAACCGUAACCAUUUGAUGAUUGCAGGUUUUAUUGUAAUAAUGUUAGGGGUGACGAAUUGUCUUUGCGAGCAUUCGCGAGCAUGCCGAGCACUGCGAUUUUUUGCGCAGGAAAAAAAAAUUUGCUUUGCGAGCAACGAGCAGUUUAGAGAGUACAACUCGCGAGUAGCGAGCACUUCUUAUAUUUUCCGCUUGCAGCAAUCCAUACGGAAAUCCUUUUCUUUAAAAUAAAACAGAAAAUAUUUUAAAACGGGGUUUUAAUUUAGAGCGCACCAAGUUCUUUGAAGCUAGUUUGAGUGACACCUUAUCAAGAUCUAACCAAUUACAGUCGCGUUUGAUGCCAAAUGACGUCACAUUUACGCCCCCUUUACUUCAUCAUGCUCGUGUUCGUACGGAUCAGAAAGCAAAGGUCGCAAGAAGAACAACCAUAUAGAACAACCAUAUAUAACCUGACCUUAUAUAGCUAGAUUAGCUAAUUUAUUAUUUAUCGUUGUCAUUUAUCGCGUGCAUUUCCACUGAACUUGAUAGCCAUAUUUAUAGGAAUUAAGCAUCAUACAGAAUUACAUUUACUUUAACCCAAAGAAGGAUUUACAAAAUUUCGAGCAAUACUGACAAGAAAGCGAGCUUGCGAGCAACUGCAAAAAUUUUGGGAGCACGAGCAAGCGAGCACUCGUUUAAAUUUUGCGAGCAAAUCGAGCAAAGGUAAAAUUUUGCGAGCAGUUAAAAAUUUUAAUGGACCAUUCAUCACCCUAAUGUUCUAAUUGAAGCUGCUGCUUUGUUGUAAUAAGAAAACAGGAGUUAAACUGAUAUAUUACGUCAAGAGCGUAAAAAAGUAUGAGCCAAGGCGUCUUCCAUCGAAUCCCUUCCCCUAGCUGUCUACAAGUUCGUCCAUGAGGUAAGACUUGCCCUCACUUAUAAUGUCGUUUCUCAUAGGCUUGAUUUUUAACAACAAAAACAUCAACAUCGACAACGGUUCAUUCAAGUUGAAAAUAAUUUAUGACCGUGUUACACACUAUUACAACUGUUAACAACAACUGUUAACUUCGUCCUCAGAACUGUUGGUCAUUUCACACCUUAAAAACAGGUAAUGAAUCACCAUCGUGACGGUUAUGAAUUCAUCACCUAAAAACAGGGUGUGGAAGGGUAUUUUCAGGAUCCGGAAUUUGACCAAAAUACGGUGCAAGAUUAAAGAAAAUGCAAAAUAUCUUGGCGAAAAGCGGGAUUUGACUGCUACCCGGGAAGCGGGAUUCACCAGAAUUUAGGGCGCGGGAUGUGGGAUUUUAUUCCCUCUCUGUCGACAAGGGGAAGUCAUGACUACUCAAAUACGCGAUCUAGCUUCCCAUCUCCUUCUCUUCUACUCAAUUUUCAGGCUAUUUUAUCGCCCUAACCACCCUAACCUUCCAAAAAAAGAACCGUGUUCAUAAGCUGCUUAUGACAUUCAAGAAAAGGUAGUAAACAUUAACCUCCGUGCAUCAUGGAUGAGGAUAGAGAUCGUACUACUUAGCUUAAAAGUUAUCACGUACAUCCCGGUAUAAUUUACUGACUACCCAGUUAAAGUAGUUGUCCUAGUGUAAUUUAAACCGAGUCCCAACUGUCCGUGGUAACGCCCUACAAAGCCGUCAAAAACUUUAUAAAAAGAAGUGAACAGUCACUCACGAAAACUCGCGACAUGGUUUGAAAUAUUGCCACUUUAAUUCCUGACACGUGAUUCUUCUUCUCUCUUUGUUCAUCUACGUGAUAAAGACGUGAUAAACCGUCGUUCAUAAAAAGCCAUUCAUAUAAUUCAUUUCGCUCUUUUAAUAGGCAGAAUAUAAUAAAUCGAUUCUCGUGCGACAUCUUGCUAUUGUUGCUAAAUGCAUAUGAAUUAUAACUUAGUCAGUUUGAGUAGGCUAACUUAAUUUGCCUACUCUGGAUCUCGAUCUGAUAGUAAGCUUGGGCUACCUGUGGCUUUAUAAAUAUUUCAAAAAGUUUAUGCUUUGUAAACAGAUUAUCAGUUCUCAGAAAUAAUGAUUUUUUUUGGAUUCUUCAUGUCGUCAAAACUCAAAACACGUCAAGGCACUAUUUGAUUGAUAGCCAAAAUAAAGUUUAGUCUGGGCCAAAAGACAAGACCCCUUUGGCGGUUUCUGAGAACACCAAGCGACUGCACCUCGGAGUAUUUCCAGACUUAAUUUGUGUCCCACUUUUUCCAUGGAUUUAAAGACCUUGCUGGACAACCUUUAUGAUGAAGUAUCCUGUUCUGUGUGCAUGUUCCCAUUCUGGAGUAUGUAAUUUGAACAGUAUCAGGGAUGACUUGGCCGAAGGUUGAUUAAUGUAUUUCCUCGAGACACAGGGAUUAACUACCACGCGUGCACAAUCUUGGACAAAAUAGACGAAAAAAUUAAUGCGCCCACCCUCCUGUAAAAUAAUGGAUGAGGAUUGGGGGUAGAAUGGCGCUUUCCGGCUUUCGCGUGGCUUUUCUGCUCCUGAUCUUUGAGCCAACGGGGACUUGAUUUCCCAGUUUAUUCUGUCCAAGGAUUGAACACGUGUCGGUAACGUGUUAAGGGUACACAAAUAUUCCAACAAUUUCAGUAGUCUAUGCUUUAGUCUGCCUAGCAAACGUUUCCAAAUGAAUUAGAGAGAGAGAGAGCUCUUUCAUUCCUCUUUUCUGCUCUCGCUCAGACUUUCUUGCCGACCUUGCGCGGAAACUAUUGCCGCAGGCAGGUUAUCCAUGCUUCAAAGAACUGAUUAAAAAUUCUCGGAAAUACAGGAUGUUUUUUAAUCUUCCGUCAAACCAUCAAAACAUGUCAAGAAACGCUAUUUGAUUGGUUAAUGAUACAGAGUUAAUUAAGUCUGGAUGACAAGACAAAACUUCAUUGUUCCUUUUCAAAGCCAUUCCCUAAAUCGUCAACAACUAGGCCGAAAUUUUUGAAAAGUAACCCUGUUUCCGACCUUUCCAUGGAUGUAAAGACCUUGCUGGACAAUCUUCAUGAUGAAGUAUCCUGUUCAGUGUGCAAGUGCGCAUUCACUGAUCCUAAACAGUUGCCUUGUUUGCACAGUUUCUGUCUUCAUUGCCUGAACGGAAUUCAACGAACGAGCGGCGUCCAUGGCAAAAUUACAUGCCCCGAGUGCAGGAGACAGUUUCAAAUCCCUGGAAGUGGAAAUCCUAGCGAACUUCCCACCAAUUUUCGUAUUAACAGUUUGCUAGAUGUCUUGGCAAUAAAAGAAUGCAGCACAGCUAACGUGAAAUGUGCAAACUGCGACAAGCGGAGCGCCCAGACCUUAUAUUGCUUCCAGUGUUGUUCUUUCUGGUGCGAGGAAUGUAUCUUAGGACAUAACAUGAUACGCAUCAAUAAAGAACACAGAACGCUGGCACUGAAAGAUUUUCAAGAUCAAGACAUCGAGGCCGUGUUAAAGAGACCGGCAUUUUGUCAGAAGAAACGACAUGAAAAAGAAGAGUUGAAAUUCUUUUGCAAGGACUGUGAGGUCGCCAUUUGCAACACUUGUGCUGUAACACUCCAUGAAGGUCACGGAAAGAUGCGUUUGGAAGAAGCUGCAGAAGAGUGCAAGACUCAGAUCAACUCUAUGACUCAAUCUUUAAAAGAAAAAGCACAAGAAAAACGAAAAGAACUCGAGCAAUUGAACCAAAAGAGCGAGGAGAUUAAACUGCAAGCAGCCUACUUAAAAAGCCAAGUGCAGACGAAUGUAGAUCAGGUUAUUGCAAUCAUCGAAGCGUGGAAACAGGAUGUUUUUAAUGCAGUCGAUUUUCAAGCGAAGAAUAUCACCGGAAUCUCUCUCACAGAAAAAAGACCAAGUUGA